UGGAUGACGUUGCAAGGGCGGGGCGGGGCGACCGCUCGCCUGCUGUUCUGGUUCCGCUGUCAGCGCCUGCCGAAGGUGUGUGGAUCCUGCCCAGGGAGGCCGUCUGAGCCGGCUAGUCAGCGCGCAGUUCCGUGAGCCGGGCUGGGAGAACCUCUCCUCCAGAGCGACAGAUGCAGUUUAAAGUCACUGCGGUCUGAAAGGUUUAUUUGAGUGAGAACUCCUGUGUCUGUUACAGAACAGUCUUCAUCUUUCUGGCUAGAUGACUUCUGUGCCAGUGAUACCAGAAGCCUACAGCCAUGUCCUUGCAGAGUUUGAGUCCUUGGACCCAUUACUCACAGCCCUGCGGCUGGACUCCAGUCGUCUAAAGUGUACCAGCAUAGCUGUGUCUCGGAAAUGGUUGGCACUAGGUAGCACGGGAGGAGGACUCAAUCUCAUUCAGAAAGAUGGCUGGAAGCAAAGGCUGUUUCUCUCUCACCGGGAAGGUGUGAUCACUCAGAUUGCCUGCUGUUCUCAUGAUGAUGAUUAUGUUGCUGUAGCUACCAGUCAAGGUCUUGUAAUUGUUUGGGAAUUAAAUCAAGAGCGUCGUGGGAAACCAGAGCGAAUUCAUGUGUCUUCAGAACACAAAGGCCAAAAAGUUACUGCCCUCUGUUGGGACACAGCUGUUCUGAGAGUCUUUGUAGGUGACCAAAUGGGCAAAGUAUCUGCCAUAAAACUCAAUACUUUGAAACAAGCAAAGGCAGCUGCUGCCUUUGUGAUGUUUCCUGUUCAGACAAUAACAACAGUCGACUCCUGUGUUGUCCAGUUGGAUUAUUUGGAUGGAAGAUUACUUGUGUCUUCACUGACUCGAUCCUUCCUGUGUGAUACCGACAGGGAAAAGUUUUGGAAAAUUGGAAAUAAGGAAAGAGAUGGAGAAUAUGGGGCUUGUUUUUUCCCCGGAAGAUGUGCCGGGCUCCAGCAGCCUCUCAUCUACUGUGCGCGCCCAGGCUCCAGGAUGUGGGAAGUGAGCUUCGAUGGGGAAGUGCUCAGUACACACCAGUUCAAGAAGCUCCUGUCGUCGCCGCCCCUCCCUGUGAUCACUACAAGAUCAGAGCCUCAGUGUGACCAUGCAGUCACAUCCUCACAGUCGCUGGCGUUCCCCAGACUCCUGCAGCUUAGUGAACACUGUGUGCUGACUUGGACAGAAAACGGAAUUUAUAUUUUCAUUCCUCAGAAUGUUCAAGUUCUUCUUUGGAGUGAAGUCAAGGGUAUUCAGGAUGUAGCUGUCUACAAGAAUGAGUUGUUUUGUUUACACUUUAAUGGGAAAGUCUCCCAUCUUUCCCUUUUAUCCGUGGAGCGCUGUGUGGAACGCCUGUUGAGGAGAGGCCUGUGGGACCUGGCUGCUCGCACAUGCUGUCUCUUCCAAAAUUCCAUCAUCACCAGCAGAGCAAGAAAAACACUGACUGCAGAUAAAUUGGAGCAUUUGAAAUCUCAGCUGGACCCUACAACUUAUAGUGAACUAAUUUCUCAACUGGAUGAAUUGAUCUUAAAAUUUGAUCCUUUGGACUCAGCUUGCAGUAGUAGAAGAAGCUCCAUUUCCUCACAUGAAAGUUUUAGCAUCUUGGACUCUGGUAUUUACCGUAUCAUCAGUAGUAGAAGAGACAGUCAGUCCGACGAAGACUCUUGCUCCCUUCACAGCCAGACCUUCUCAGAAGAUGAGAGACUUAAAGAAUUUGCCUCACACCAGGAAGAGGAGCAGCCAGAGCACAGCUGUGGUGCGAACAGACAUGAAGACAGUGUUUUCCACAGUCCAGAGACGUCCGAGAUAGAGAAGAAUGAAGCUUUUCUGCCUUUCAGCAUUCCGCUGCCAUUUCGCUCUCCAUCUCCCCUCGUAUCUCUUCAGGCUGUCAAAGAAAGUGUUUCUAGUUUUGUGCGUAAAACUACUGAGAAAAUUGGCACCCUUCAUGGAAGCCCAGAGCUGAAAGAGACAUUUGAGUCCAAGGAUGUGGAGCAAGCACACGAAGAGGAAGUGAAUGCAGUUACGUGCCCUUUGGAGGAGGACCCUGAGGAGAAAGAAAUUGGUCAGCCUCCUGAAGAAGACAGGCUUCAAGAACUCACAGCAGUGACAGCAGAAGCAAUGACCAAGUUACUGGACCCUCUGGUUUUGUUUGAACCCAAGUCACUAAGAACGGUUUUACAAGAGUGGCUGCCACAGUUAGAAAAGACAUUUGCCAUGGAAGACUUGGCUGGCAUUUCCAGUACUAGCAAUCUACCUGUGAAAUCGAAUCUGGAUGUGCACCUCCUUAAGGAGUCAGAAAAGAGAAUAUUAGAUGAAGAUAGUGAAAAAGAAAAAACGGUCUCUUUAGGCCUUGAAGAAACUGGUGGUAAAACAGCCUGUGGCUCUGUGUGCAGCCUUAGGGAGCCCUUGGGCGGCAGCUUUCGAGUGUGUUCUCCAUACACCAUAGCAAACAGCCUUCAGAAGGACCUGGUAGAACUAACAAUGUUGUGCUUGGAGCUGAACGUGUUGACCUCUGCGGUGGAAAGCAUAGGAGGACCUGUGGACAGUGCUCCACAGCAGCUCUCUCCUGAAACCCUGGCUUCUCAGUUCCUAAAGAAGUACUUUUUCCUCCUGGACUUGAAAAGAGCAAAGGAUAGUAUCAAGCUGAGUUACACCAACAGCCCUUGUGUUUGGGACACUUUUAUUGAAGGACUGAAAGAAAUGGCAAGUUCUAAUCCUGCAUAUGCAGCGCUGGAAGAAGGAGAUCUGUCCACAGGGUUACAGCUGCUCGAUGGCGCCGUCCCUUCCGAUAGCCCCUUGUUGAUUGCAUUUGCCACCCGGUUGUAUGACAGAUUUGGGGAGUCUGCCCUUCGAGCCUUCAUCAAGUUUUAUCCUUCCAUCUCUCCUUCGGACAUCGCACAGCUUUGUCGUCAUCAUCCUGCUCAGUUUUUGGCCUAUCUAGACAGUCUGGUGAAAUCAAGGCCUGAAGAUCAGUGGAGCUUUCGGGUUGUCCCCCAACCGUUUUCUCUCCAGCCCCACACCGUGUUCUUUCUCAUGAAGAUUAGUGGUUUUUCUCCCCAACUUGCUCUCAGGCCAUCCUUCCUUGAGUUUCUUCUACAACCAGAAUCUUUAAGACUUGACUGGCUGCUUUUGGCAGUGUCCCAUGAUGCUCCGCCAAGCACAAGUACAGUGGAUGAUGAAGGACAUCCCAGGCCCCAUUCACACUUGCUUUCCUGGGGUUACAGUCAGCUGAUCUUUCUUCUGGUUAAACUUCCUGCAGACUUUACAACCAAAGAGAAAAUGGCUGAUAUCUGUAGGUCUUACGGCUUCUGGCCUGGGUAUCUUACACUGUGUCUGGAGCUGGAGAGGAGGAGAGAGGCCUUCACCAACAUUGUGUACCUGAAUGACAUAAGCCUGAUGGAAGGGGACAAUGGGUGGGUCCCCGAGACCUUGGAGGAAUGGAAGCUUCUCCUGCAUCUGCUUCAGAACAAGAGCGCAAGGCCAGCCCCUCAGGAGUCACUAAACGGAAGCCUCAGUGAUGGGCCUGCCCCCCUCAAUGUGGAGAGUGUGGCACUCCUGUUAGCUAAGGCCAUGGGCCCAGAUCGGGCCUGGUCACUGCUGCAGGAGUGUGGCCUGGCCCUUGAAUUGUCAGAAAAGUUUACCAGAACCUGUGACAUCCUGAAGAUUGCUGAGAGAAGGCAGAGAGCGCUGAUACAAGGCAUGCUUGAGAAGUGUGAUCGGUUCCUCUGGUCCCAGCAGGCCUAGUGGGAGAUCUGGCAAGGCAUGAUAACAUUUUGACCACGUGGAAUCCUGCUCUAGAGCCUUCAGAGGGCCUUGCCACAGAAGGAAAGGGAACAUCCCAAACCAUGCCAUGAGCAGAACAAGCCGUGCCACUGCAGCUGCUGUUGACACCAUCUCCACCUUGGCACUUGGCCUUUGUGGCUGUGACCUGAGAAUUUCUCAGCCCUUUAAAGCCGGCUUUUGGAAGAAGUCUGUUGCCAUUCACUGGAACCAGCACGGGAGUGCGCGCUGCUUUAUGGUAGUCACUGUGUACAGAGUGGUGUCUGAGCUGUUAGUGCGUCAGGGAAUGUUUUCUGCUGUGCAGUUCUGUUGGCAGAAGCUGUCUCAUGGAGACAGACAAGGUUAUGAACAGGAGUUCAGUACUUUCUACAUUUGUAUGAGGCCAUCUAGAAAUUACUGAAUUAGGACUUGGAACCGUGACAUUGUUUUUGUUGAUAUAUGUAAUAAAUACUGAAGAUCCAAAUUAGAGUUUUAAAUGAAAUUGCCCAUAUCUGACUUGAGCUCAAUUUAAAAUAUUUUUCCAAUAUUUAUUUGAUAAUUUCUAAUCUAAACCUACAUAUAUUGACUAGUCACUGAAAUGUAUUAUCUGUAAUUUUUAAAGAGAGUGACCAAAAAGAGUUCUGCCCCCCCUUUCUUUUUUAUUGAGUCAUGCACUUUUUCUCCCCUCCCACCACCGUCCCUCUCUUAUCGGAAACAGAGCCUUACUUUGUAACCCAAGCUAGCCUGGAACUUGCUGGUAGACCUGGCUUCCUCAGCCCUGUGUUUGCUUCUGCCUCCUGAGUGAUAGAAUUAAAGGUGUGUAUCAUCACACACAUUUUUAAAAAUUGUUUUUAAAAAGCUGUAAUAAGAGAAAGCCAAGCACUGAUAUAAAUUAUACCAAAUGAUUGUAUUAUUUAAGCCAUGUAACUAGACUGUCAUUUAUGAGAAGAUGCUGCCAACCAACCCACAGGUCAUUUCUGGUUCAAUGACAGGCUACCUGGCCUGAUUUCCCUACACUGUAUCGGUACCUUGUUGCCCCUUGCUGAAAAGUGCUGCUGAGAAAUGGGACCAUCCCAGACUAGAAAGAAAAACAACUGGACCUUGAAUAAGGGCCAGCUUAGAAAGAAAAACAGCUAGGGCUACUAAACCUUGAGUAGAGGCCAGACCAGAUGGCCCUCCUCAGAAGACAGGAUGAGCUUAUUUAAGAUAAGAAACCUGGGGCAGGAAGGACUGCUCUUGGAAGAAGCUACAAGCUGCCAGCUGCAAAACUGCUGUCUUUCUGCUGACCAGUCAAUGUAAAGAAACAUGUGUGGUCUGAUUUUUAGGUAUAAAAUACUCUCUGCUUUGUAUGCUUGGGGUCGUCUCCUGCCUUGAAGGGGCGACCCCCAUCGCGAUCAGAAUAAACUGCCUCAUGCUUUUGCAUCGAACCUCGAACCUCGAACCUCGAA